GAUUCCCCCUCGCUAUUGAUAACAAACCCUUUAUCAAGAAGAUUAACUUCCUCUCCAUUUCCCAAAACCCUUACGAUGGAUUUCUUCAAAUCCGUCUUCUCCGACGACCCCUCGCCGUCCGGUUCCGAUCCCGAUUCGCCCAAGCAGCCGGAGCCACAGGACCCGCCCGGAGACGCUCCCGCCCCUGGCACUGGCUCCGGCGGAGGCGCGUGGAGCUUCGGUGGCCUGAUCAAAAACCUCGCCACCAGAUCGGAGUCCGUGAUCCAGCACUACCGGCGGGACAUCGAGGAGUUCGGGUCCGGCCUGAGGAAGGAGACCACGGUCAUCCGCGAGGCCGCCUCCCGCGCCGUCAAGGACCUCCCGGCGUCGCUCGAGGUCGGCGCGUCGGUCGCCCAGGAGUCCCUCGAGUCGGUCGGCCAGGCCAUCGACGACAUCGGCGCCACUGUCUGGAAGUCCACCGCCGAGAUCAUCUCCCACAGUAAGGACGCCUUGCUAGAUCUUGAUUCUGAUUCUGCCGAAAUUGCGAAUGCUGGGGGCAAUAUUAGUAGCGGCUCUCAGUUGCAUAGCUAUAGCUCUCUGGGCUUAGAUGUUAAGAAGUACAGCAGGUUCGAUGCUCAGUUGCGUGCGAUUCAGUGUGAUGUUGGUACCUACUGUGACGAGCCAGAGGAUAAGGAGGAUUACGGGGAAUGGGAGAUAGGGUUUGUUUUGGAGGAGAGGAGUGCAGAGAUUGAGAGCUUGAUUCAAGAAAAUGGAAUCAUCAAGGACAUAUAUGACAGGGUCGUGCCUGACAUGGUUGAUCGCGAGACUUUCUGGGGAAGAUACUUUUACAGAGUGGACAAGCUCAAGCAGGCCGAGGACGCCAGGGCUAGGCUCGUGAAGCGGGCAAUUUCUGGGGAUGAAGAUGAGGAUUUGAGGUGGGAUUUCGACGAUGACGGCAAUGGUGAAGAAGGUGAAGGCUCGGCAUCAAACUCCAAGAAUGGAAUUCUCGAAUCAGUGAAAGAAGGGUCUAGUCAAGUUGCGGGUGAGGAAGUUUCUGAAGAACUGAGGGACGAUAAGUCGGAUGGAAAGAUUGAAGAGAAAGAGAAGGUGGAGAGCGUGGAGUCGUGUAAAGACAGCGAUGUCUCAAUUGUUUCAACCCAACCCUCGAUACCUGAGGAAGACCUGGGGUGGGAUGAGAUCGAAGACAUGGUGAGCAAUGACGAGAGCAGAGGGGAUGGUGGUGCCUCCAGCAGUGCGAGCAGAGUCGACUUAAGGAAGCGGCUUAGUGCUGCUGAGGAAGAGGAGGACUUGAGUUGGGAUAUUGAGGAAGAUGAUGAACCUCCCAAAGCUCAAUGACUGGCUCGUUCUUCCACUACAGCUGCUGUUCAAAUGUAAGAUGGCUUGCUUAUCAGUCACUCCCGCCAUGAUACGAUUCAAUUGCUCGGAUCAAUAUGGAUUCUGGGGUUUCAUGGGUUAGUAUGUAAAUACGAAUACUUCGUCUCACUGUAAUCUGUCAAUUGGAAUUGCAAGUAAUUGGAUUUAUGAAAUUCCGAUGAUUCUUCUAUAAUAAAAGGUAAGUCUUCUCUA